GAGGACGCGCACGCUGAUUGGUUUAUUCAAAAAUAACAUACACGCAACCCCGCCAUUUAAAUGUUUUAAAAGUCGUGCGUUUCUCCUGUUUGUCUCAAGUGUGGAAUGAGUCAAAAGAGUUGUAGCUUCACAAAUAUCUUCGUUCUGUACACGUUCGCAUUAAAUUGGUACCAUGGGAUCCAGUGAGAGUAAGAUGGUUCUGUCUGCACCAAUAAAACCGGAGCCAGCCAUCAAAAACAGUCGAUUCAGUCAUCUGAUGGAUCCACGCUCUCCUUCACCGGGAAUCGAUCGCACACCCAUUCAGGUUGGUGGGCUUGCACCAAAAGUGGAUGCUGACAUGAAAAGUGAGUGCCCACUGGUAUUUACUGAUCCCCGCUCGCCUACAGUGGGCAUUACCCGCACCCCUGUCAGAGAAGUCAUGAGAGCAACAGUUGGGUCCUUUGCUCGCCGCCUGGGCAUGCUUUUCCACGGAGAGACUGAAGUCAAACCACCCAAAGCCCCUCAGACCAGCUUUAAGGAUGCAGUGGAGGAGGAGGUCUUUAAAGGUGAUGAGCUGGCUUCCACCGAGCCCCUCCUGACAAGUCGACCUUCUCGCACCUUUGGCUCCAUGGUUGAGCACGCUAAUCUCCUGGCCACCCCUGUAAUGCCCCCUCUGCAAAGUGUGGGUGACUCAAGCCCUUUUGUCCUUCUUGAGGAGCCUCAAGUGGAGGUGGAGCUAGAACCUGAAGCAGAUAUUAGCCUGGAGGAGGCUGAGGAAGCAAAAGAGUCUCCGCUUCACAAGAGACUGAGCAUGAGCCUGAUGACUUGCCACGAGGGAGCAACCUCAUCUCAGAUCUUCGCCGAGGUGCACCAUGACUGUACUUCAUCCCCAGGGCCUAGUGUGGAAGAGAAGUCACUCAGGGAUGGCGUUGAUCAUUCUUAUGCCCUUCCAUCUAUCACUGUUGAAACUGAGACCCCUGCUGAGCCUUGUCUACCUACUGUUACCGAUGAUUCGUCGGCUCAUGUGUCCCAUGCACAGUCAGAGGAAGGAGAAAAAAUGCCACCUUCUGAGGAAUCAAAAGAGCCUACUGCAUCAGAGCCACCAACUGUCCCCAGUCCAGAGCAGCCUCAGCUCUGCACCGGCAUCCGCUGCCCCACCCUUGACCCAAAGAGCCCCAGUCAAGUGGUGUUCAAGCCACAGUGGUUGGGAAAAGGUUUUGGUGCCACCGGGCUUAGACCUAAAGGACUGCAGGGUCAUGGUGGAAAAGGAGGCUCCUCUCCUCUUGCUGUCCGUGUGGCCGUGAAGAAUGCAGCCAAUGAAAACAAGGGACAGUCUGGAAAACUGAAGAACAAAGGUACUGAAGGCCGCUCCCCACUGCAGAUCCUAAAGGAGACCAACUCACCCAGGAGCCACCGUCCUCAGAUGAAACUGAAGGCAUCCACCCCAGAUAAGCAGAGACUUGGGCAGGUGGACAGCAGAGUGCUGGCAGUGUCUUUGGAUAAGGAGAAUCGAUGAUUAGCUGCAUCAGUGUGUACAGAAUUCUGUCGCUUUUAUAUUACUUAAAACAAGGCUUUUAAGUGUACAUCUUUCUUAAACUGCUUUUGUCCUGUGUAUAUUCAACUUUCACUUUGAACAGUUUUACAUCCUGUUUUUGUCUUGUAAAUAUAAAUAAAAUUAUUUGCAUACAUAA